AUGGCUGGCUUCCUGUUACACGGCCCUCAGGUGAGGCUGUGCGUGGGCCUGAUGUGUGUCCUGUCCCUUUGGAACACAGUGUCUGGCAUUAAAGCAGGAGCCAAGAAAGAAAAGGAAAUGGCCUUCCUACCUACAACAGGGUCUGGCCUCAGAGGAGGAGAGAGGAAGGAAAAGGGGCUGGCCUUUCUCGCUACCACAGAGCUACCUGCAAGGUCGAUCGAUCUGUCUGCACUUAACCUGACAGAGCUCGUGAAUGGGAUGCUGAGUAGAGCUUUAAAAGAGAGCAAGAAGUUCUUCUCCUUGCUGAGCAUUACUUCCUACAGUUCCUUCGCCUUCCACAAGCUUUCUGUGGCCAUUUACAACAUUUCGAACCUGAAGACCGUGGACCCUGCCAAAUUCCCCACAAGGUACUGCUACUGUGUAAGCAAUCGGACCAACGACUUAUCAGAUUUCACAGCCCUACUGGUGGAUAUCAUUGGAAAUUCUACCAGCUACCUCACAGAGAUUUUUAAGUCCACCUCCAUCCUCUCAGUGAGUCAAAGCAAUGAAUCCGACUGCAUCUUCAUCUGUGUGAUGACAGGAAAGUCAGGAAGGAAUCUUUCUGACUUCUGGGAGAUGGCAGAGAAAUCCCCCGUCAUCAACUACACAUUCACCAGCAGCAUGUCUGCUGUUCCGGGUGCAGCCACCAGGGGGACUACUGGGACUUCAAGGCCCACAACCAGAAGCCAGCAAAUGCCACCAAGUACAAGCUCCACGCGCUGGGCCCAGAGCACACGCCGGACGUCUGCUCGGAGAACCUCUCCCUGGAUGGAGACAGCUGCGCCUUCAGAGGGACAGGGGACCCUGAGCACAGGCAGCCUCCCCGAGCUUCCUGCCAGGGCCACAGCCACACGGGGCAUCUCCUCUCGCACCCUCCUGGCCUCGGCCUCGGCUACCUGGAGGGUGGCCAGAACUUCGUGGGUAACAGCUGACAGACAGACAUGGGGUUCCACACUAUCUGUGCCCUGGGCUCAGACCGUCGGUGAGAAAAAACCUGAAGGGCCUCCCUGGGAGACAGGUCCCUCCACACCGACAUCUCCUGCAGGGGCCAUGAGCACAGCUAACCUUCUGGGGCUUCCUGCUGGGAUGACAGCCACACCUGGCAGCCCUCUCCAGACCAGCCUGACCUCAGGAACAUUCACCCCUGGCACACAGACUCCGAGUCCAACCAAGGCACCAGCCCCCAAAGAUCUACAGGCAGGUGAUCUUCCUGCAGAGUGGCCGUUCACCCCUGGGGAAGAACCAGCCCUGUUCCCAAGACCCCACCAGGUGUCAAGAUGUCCUCAGCCCCUGCUCAAAGAGGAGCCCAUGGCAGCUGCUCCUGUCAGCCUGACCAUCCAGAAGCUCAACCCUUGCCUGAUGGAGCUGUGCCGCUUCUUCCAGCAAUGCCUCUGCAUGAGCCAGAGGAAUCCCAGGAUGGAGGCCAUGAGGUACUGUCCAGAAUACUACUCCUGGUUUCUGAAGAAUGCAACGUACGUCUGUCAGAGGGUGAAGAGGGUGUCGCACUCUCACACCUUAAAGCAAAAAUGCCUUGAGAAUAUCUGCAAGUCUGUGUGA